GCAACCCAGAGGGCCUUGACCAAUCAACUGAUAGGCGUACCCGGGCCGAACUGGGACCGCUUGACCGGGACCCCUCCACUGGGACCACGAUUAAAUGAAACCUUCUGACCGUUUGAAACCUCGACAUCAGACGUGAAUGUGUUCCGCCGCCCGUGUCAGUCACUACAUUUCAAGCCUUUAUCAACAUGGCCGAACAUCCUUCCUUUACUCUUGCCGCUCUCCUUCCUGCUGGGGGGUCCUUGGGGUAUCUAAAGACACGCUCAGCACCGUCAUUGAUCGCGGGUGUGGGACUUGGACUUUCUUAUGGAUAUGCUGGUUAUCUGAUGAAAGAGAACAGAGACUACGGAACCGAGUUGGCCCUGUUAAACAGUGUGUUCCUGCUGACUUCUGCAAUCCCUAGAAUCAUCAAGACGCAGGCCAAAUCCCCCGUGCCCGUAAUUCUUGGAGCCACCGGAUUCUUGGCAACUUUCUACUACCAGAAAAAAGUCCGCGAGUUCCGAUUCGGAGUUUGAUGAUCAAAAGCGAAAUAAUUCUGCCCAGUCUGAUGGUUCUAUAUGGGAGGAAAUGUCCAGCACUAUUCAAAAUCAUGCUGGAGGACAGAGUAAUCAGGGGAAGAGCUCAGGAGAAGCUGGGCAAGCU